UUCCUCUCGCUCUACUUUGCCAGCUACUCAACCACCUACGUGCGUUACAACUCCAGCAACAACAAUAAUUGUUCAGAAACAAUGUCCAAUAAAGGCAAUGUACUCUUGUCCGAAAAGGCAACCAGGUACCUCUCCUUGGCUAUCGGUAUCCUGGUCAUGGCUUUGUCUGGUUCUCUCUUCUCCUUUGCAUCUUUUGGUAUGGACCUUAAGGCCCGGUUUGGUUUUAACUCCUCCAACAUCAACCUGUUGGCUGCCAUUGGCGACACGGCGAUGUAUGUUGGCUUUCUCAUUGUGGGCCCUAUUUAUGAUCACUACGGGGAACGUUGGACCAUGAUCACUGCCUCGAUUCUGACUUUUCUGGGUUAUGGCGGUAUGUAUAUCGCCUAUGCCAAAGCAUGGGGAGGCCUUGGCUUCCUCAUGGUUCUAUACUGCCUUGCUGGUGUUGCCUCCACUGCCGGAUACUUGGCUGCACUUGCUGCCAAUAUGGCCAAUUUCUCUGCAGCCACUUCAGGCACAGUGUCUGGAGUACUCUUAGCCUUCUUUGGUCUUUCUGCCACACUCUUUUCACAGAUCAAGACCCAUUUGUUUUCGGGUGACGAUGAGGUUCCAGACCCUACUUCGGUUCUCAAGGGCACCAGAGCAACGCAGAAUUACUUACUAUUCCUCACCAUCAUUACAACCGCCACUUAUAUGAUUGGUGCUAUCUUAAUGAUGAAAAUUAAAAAACCUGAAGAAGUUGUCGACAUCCUGAACUCCGACUCCACAUCAAGUUCCAUUGUUAGUGAAAACCCUGAGAAGCAGGAUACUGAUAUUAACACUACUGGUACGGCCUCUGUCUCCCGCCCAGUCCAAACUCUUUCUCGUACCACUACUCUCACGCCUUCAAUGCAUAACGGCCGCGUACCCACUGGACUGCGUCUCGAAAAUUGGAAUCAAUCUAGUCUUACCCUCGAUAAGGAAGAAGCUUUCCCUGGGGCCCCUGACUCGACACAUCAUCAUUUGCCGGGUGAUAGUAUCUUGGACAAAGCAGCUCCUAAUGCGACCACAGCUGCUAUGUCUUUGGGCACUACUACAACAACAACGGAUCCCUUCAAGGCCAACAAGAGCUUUAACCCUUAUUUAACUACGAUUGAUAUGAAGCCUCGGGAGCUGCUCCUCCAGUCUACAUUCUGGUUUUUUGUGAUCGCUCAAGUUUCCCAACAAGGGUUUUCAUACAUCAAUAACGUGGAUUCAAUCAUUCAUGCGAUCUUGAACCCAGUUGAUCCCAAUGCAACUGCUCGCGCGGUUUCCUUGACGGGCACUCAUGUUACCUUAAUCUCGAUUGGUAACUGCCUCGGUCGUCUCGCUUCGGGUAUUCUUUCAGAUUGGGUCAUUUCUCGCUAUCGUAUCUCCCGCUCCAUCUUCUUUUUCGGAUCUGAAAUCAUUAUCUUGGUACCUCUAUUAAUAAUGGGGUUCUCAAACCCAGCCGUGUCUUUGACAGGCCUGAUUGUCAGUUCUGCUUUGAUCGGCGCCACUUAUGGUGCAACAGGGGCCCUAUUUGCCUCCAUGGUCCGAGAUCUAUUUGGAAAUCGAUACUACGGCACAGCCUGUGGCAUGGUCAUGGUCCUCAAUGGCGCCAAUCCUUUCAUUGCGAAUCAGAUUUAUGGAGUCUUUUAUGAUCGUGCUGUCACAGAGAUGCCUCCUGCACCAGACAAUGUCCAUGCUACGAAUGGCCAUAUGACUUGUGUGGGACCCUCUUGCUAUAAUAAUAGCUUUAAAGUCGCGUCGCUGCUUCAACUAGUAUGCAUCCUUUCAGCGGGAUUACUCUUUUGGGCACACAUGAAGAAAGGCAGGAAGUUAGUUCAGAGAAUGCUUCAAAGCGAAGCGACAGUCGUGUGA